AUGGUGCGUGUGGACCGGUCCUUCACAGAGACCUACAGGAGAGCUGUGCAGGAGCACCUAGAGCUCAUCACAGACGCAGUCUGGGCUCACAUCAUCACCCUGUUCAACUUUGGGGACUGGCUGGGAGACACAACCAUCGAGCAGCACAUUGAGAGUGAGGGGGAGGCCCUCCAGUGGCUUGUGGAGAACUGUGGCAACAGGUAUCAUGUCCUCAACAAUAGAAGCAACUCAGGAUUUCAGGUUACAGAACUGAUGAGAAAGAUUGAGGAACUGAUGUCAUGCAACAGCAGUUGUUACUGUAAGACUGAGGGUGGGAUUCUGCAGGAGUUGGAGGAGAAGAGGAGGGAAGAACAGAAAAGAGCAGGGGAGAGACUGACGAGGAGGCAGAAACAAAGAGAGACUGCCAGAUCUCUAUUAGGGGAGCUCUACUGUCCCUCAGAGCUGAGAAUAAUGCUGCUGAGUGGCCGCAACACAGGCAGGAGCUCUGCUGGAAACACCAUCCUGGGCAGAGAGCACUUUAAAGUAGGGUGCCAUGCUACUGACUGUGUGGAAGGACAAGGAAAGGUCAGGGGUAAGACUGUGACUGUUUUGGACCCACCAGACUGGCUGUCAGUGGGUCCUGGCUCCCUGACGUCUCCCUCAGCCUCUGGGGUAACUGUGGUCCUUGUGGUUGUGAAUGUGAGCUCCUCCUUCAGCCACGCUGUCUGGAGAACAGCAGAAAAACACCCGGAGGUGCUCGGAGAGAAAGUAUGGAAUAGAACCAUGGUCCUAUUCCCCUUUGGGGACUGGCUGGGGGUCACGACCAUCGAGCAGCGCAUUGAGAGUGAGGGAGAGCCCCUCCAGAGGCUUGUCGAGAGGUGUGUGAACAGAUAUCAUGUGUUGGACAGUAAGAACCAAGGGACUGGUGCACAGGUCACUGAGCUGCUACAGAAGAUAGAGGAGAUGCUGGUGGAGGAGAGGUUGGAGGUUCUACAGAGAAGAGAAUAGGUUGGGAAGAGUCUCACAGUGAUGCAUGAGCCAGAGAUGGAUGGAGUGAUGGGAGAGGCCAGAGAGGUCCUUGUAGCAAACCACACAGAUGCUCCCUUUCAUGAUGCGUGUGAGGUGGCAAGUUCAGAGGACCUUCUAAGCCCAGAUGACUCAAGAGCCCCAGACUUUGGUGUACAGGAGUUGGCACUACCAGAGGCCAGUGGAGGAUGGUGGACUGAAGCAAAUCACUCCAUCCUGGAUGUGGAGGGGUUUCUGUCCAUCAUGGCCAGUGUGCUUCAGGGGAAUCAGGAGGGGCUGAUGUGGAACAUGGGGGGGCAGGCAGACACUAGUGGUGAACCUCCCAGACUGUCUCCACGCUGGACCUACUCAGAGCCAUCAUCUGAGAUGGAAUGGACAGAAUGGUAGAAAACCGGUCACCCUGUUCUCUCCAGGACACCAAGCUCUCCUCCUGGUCCAGCAACCCAAAUAACCAGAAACAAUGCUGGUGAAGAAAGACAUUGUGGAUAUACAGUCCCUUGGACACCCCAGGCUGAGGGACAUGACCCUCAAGGAGAUUGCCAGAACAGGAGGCCUGCAGGCCUUGAUUGACCAAUGGGGGAACAGUAAUUUGGAGGAGCUUGAAUCCUUCAUUGGCUCCUAUUUUGAAAUGGUGUGGAAGAAAACCAUGGGGUCUUUCAUAGUAGAGGAGGAGGACUGUCUCACCAGCAACAGCCCAGAGCUGAAUGAUGUUGGGGAGGAUCUUGUAAAUAAUGGUGACCAGGAGGUGCUGUCAUCCAUUGACAAGAAGCUGUCUAAGCUGGACCUCCUGGAAGGCAUGCAGAGAGACUUGCUGGACCUCAGACAGAGUCUGGAUCGCAGCUGUGACAUCAUACAGGAACUCAGUGACAAAAGUAAAGCAACACAGAAGCCUGCUGUUCCCUCUGAUGCAGGGGAGGCAGAAGUGGAGGAAAGUUGCUAGAGGAGAGAUGUUCAACAAUAACAUAAAUGAUAAGUUAUAGAUUGGUUUGUUUUAUCUAAAUAUGCCCUAACAUCAUUGUUCAGGUAGCAACUAAUUAACAGUAUUGAUUUAUUGAUGGAGUUAAUGCUAAUGGCGAGGCAGUAUAUUAACUUCAUGAUGUUUCCACAAGGGGGAGCCCUCUGACAAGCAAUUGUGGGGGGGUUGGUCUCCUGCAUAGGUUACUGUAUCUAUUUCACUACAUUAAAUAUUUCACUCCAUUAUUAUGCAAGAUACCAGUCAUUUUAAAUCAGUUAUUGUUGAUAAUUUCCUAGAUGAUUAUUUUAUUUAUCUUAUGAGGCUUGUAUAAAGACAUAUCAGGGUCCAGAUGACAGCACAUGUGUCAUGCCAAAAAAGUAACGUAUUAUAUAUCAUGAAACAUAUCA